AGAAGGUCCAGAGAUUUAGAAGAACGUGAAAUUCAUCUAGAUAAUGUCCAAAUACACCUGAGAAAAGACCCCUGGAUGACGCACGAUGGGCAGGAAGAGCUCAAAGAGACGUCACAGCGACAGCAGCGACGAGGAAGAAUGUCCCAGGAAGAAUCCAAAGACUUCGUCUAGAGAGAGAAAUAAGGAGACCAACUUGAUUAAUUUCUCCUUCUUGGAUCACAAAGCGGAUUUAACAAGAGUCCUUGUGGGAUUCUCCAACAAUGAUCAAAUUGUUGAGAAUGUCAGUGAUUUCUGGCUCUUUAUAUCUCGGUAUGAGAGUCUGCUGAAGAAGAGUGGCCAGUGUAUUUUGCCUGAACCCACAGAAGUCACUCAGAGAUCUCAUUCCGAUUACAAUAAAAUGUUCUUUAGUAACUUGGAGCUCACAGUGAAGUUUUCGGAGCUUCAGGGACGUUUGUCGACUUACUGCUCCAAAGAGAUCACGACCAAGAGACUUAAACAGUUUCUGCAAAUUGUUAUGCACUAUUUGGAAUUUAAGCAGAAGGAGAAGUUCACAAAGUUGAAGAAACUGAGGAAGAGUCAAGCAAAUUUGCCAGUUGCUAAGUACAAAGAUGAGAUUGUUCAGGCAGUGAAGGAGAAUCAGGUGGUGAUUAUUGCUGGAGAUACUGGAUGUGGGAAAUCUACACAGAUUCCUCAGUAUCUCCAUGAGGCAGGGUAUCGAGGGAUUGCCUGUACUCAGCCAAGGAGAAUUGCUUGUAUUUCAUUGAGUAAGAGGGUUUCGCAUGAGAUGCUAUGUGAAUAUGGGAUGGAAGUUGGGUAUCAGAUAAGGUUUGAGAGGAAUAAGAGUCAAUCGACAAGUAUUUGUUUUAUCACUGAAGGACUCCUCCUGAGGCAAUUGUCUAAUGAGGACAAAGUUUCUCAGUAUGAUGUUAUUGUCUUGGAUGAGAUUCAUGAGAGAAAUCUCCAUGGGGAUUUUCUCCUAGGUGUCACUAAAUGCCUUUUGCAAGUACGUCCGGAUGUCAAACUUAUUCUCAUGUCAGCCACGAUCAAUAUCAAGUUGUUCAGUGAUUACUUUGCAGCUGAAGAAGCCAAGGUUAUUGAGGUUCCCGGAAGGCUCUAUCCCAUUAAGCUUCACUAUAUGCCUCAGAUUCAGGAUUAUGCGGGAAGUAGUAGGGGAGGUAGUCGUUCUGAGAAAUUAAGUCCUGAACCCUAUAUUCAAAUCCUACAGCUCAUUGAUCAGAAAUAUCCAGGAAGUGAACGAGGGGAUGUUUUGAUCUUUAUGAGUGGAAUCAAUGAGAUUACAGCUGUUGUUGAUGCAGCUAAGGAGUAUUCGGAGAAAAAUGGGAAUUGGAUAAUUCUUCCACUUCACAGUAGUCUCUCCCUUGAGGAUCAAGACAAAGUCUUUUCCUACGCUCCAGAAGGUGUCCGGAAGUGCAUUGUUAGUACAAAUAUUGCAGAAACUUCCGUGACUAUCGAUGGAAUUCGCUUUGUUGUGGAUUCAGGGAAGAUGAAAGAGAUGAGUUUUGAUGCAUCCUGCAAGAUGCAGCGCCUGAAAGAAUUCUGGAUUUCUAAGGCUUCUGCGGAACAGAGGAAAGGAAGAGCCGGAAGGACAGGUCCUGGAGUCUGCUACCGAUUGUAUUCGGAAAAGCAGUAUCAGGAUUUGGAGGCUUAUUCUGUGGCAGAGAUCCACAGGGUUCCUCUUGAGAGACUCCUUCUGCAGAUGAUCUCAAUGGGACUGCCCAAUGCAAGAUUAUUCCCAUUUGUGGAAGCUCCGCCAAUGGAGAGGCUCGAGAGUGCAAUUUUGUCCCUGAAGCAACAUGAUGCUCUGACGGCAAAUGAGAGUUUGACCAGUCUGGGAAUGGCUCUGGCCAAAUUGCCAGUUGAUGUUUCAAUAGGGAAGAUGCUCCUGAUGGGCAGUGUCUUCCAGCAAUUGCAGCCAGUUCUGACAAUGGCUGCAGCUUUGAGUGUCCAGACGCCAUUUACGAACAGGGCUUACCGAGAUCACGAAUGUGAGACUGCGAGGAAGGAAUUGGAGUCUGAUCAUGGAGAUCCAGUGACUCUCCUGAAUGCCUUUCGGGCAUGGCUAGAGCUAAAACAGGCCGGAGGGAGGAGAGAACGUGGCCACGAAGUGGAGAAUACGAGACAAUGGUGCAGAAGAAGAGGUCUUGAGGAGCAGAGAUUCUAUGAGAUCACAAAGCUAAGAAGUCAAUUUCAGGACCUUUUGACAGAUUGUGGCCUACUAGAAGCGAUGGAGACGAGAAAGAUGACAAGUGCUGAGAAAACAAUUCGCCACGGAGAGUUGAAGCAACUCAGGCAGCUGCGAAGGGAGCAUCGGAUGGAGAGCCCGAAAAAGAGGAAGCUCCUAAAGAGUGAUUCCUGGCAGAUUGAAUCUGAGGACAAUACUGGAGAUUCUCAAGUAGAUAUCAGAGAUGUAGAAUUUAGGCUCAGCAAUGACAACUACAAGAUGCAAAAUCUCCUGUCCAGUGCUUCAGCUUGCAGCUACAGGGAUAUGAUGACACUAAAACUGAUCUUGGUCAGUGGACUCUACCCUCAAGUAGCCAUAGCGGAUGAAUUUAAUUACUGCAAAAGUCCCAAUCAGCAAUUUUAUCACACAAAUUCCAAGCCUUUCACUUCCCUCCAUCCCAUGGGAUACUUUGCCAAUAAUCCCGAUGUCCUGCAACUCAAUGACAGUGACAGGGUCGAGGGCAUUGGGGAUUACAGAUCCAAGUUAAUCAUCAGCUCAAGGCAUCAAUUAUUGUGCUACCUGAGUCUUCUGGAAACAACAAAACCCUACCUUAUGAACACUCUGAGAAUGCCAGCUGCUCAAACACUCCUCCUCUUUGCCCAUUCCAUCGAUACAAAUCUCACCUGCUCAAGGAUCAUUUGUGACUCUUGGCUAUGCCUGGAUUUUCCAGUUCCAGAAUCCGGACUCAUUCUCCUGCAUAGAGCUUCAAAACUCAGGAAAUUGUGGAAUCACUUGCUAGAGGAGAAACUUAAAGUUCUGACAGAGAGCGUUGAUGAACCAAAAAAGCCUCCUGGGCCGGAAUUUGAGAAACUAGAGCUGGAAUUGUGGGAUGAUUUGACUCUGUUCAUGAAUUCCAAUGUCUACUACACGAUCAAAAGGCUUCUUACGGCUGAUCUCAAGGGUCUCUUUAGAGGAAAAUCCCCAGAAGAUGAUGAUACGGUGGCUCUGGAGCCCAAUCCUUUUGCAGAAACCAAAGAAUCUUACGUGAAUGGGGAAAGAGGAGGAAUUUACGUCACGGACAAUAUUAUCUACGGAAGUGUCCAGGAAACUGAUUGGAGUAUCAAUUUAAUGGAUUUGAGAUGUGACUGGGAAUGCAAGAAUUGUGGCUUGGAAUUGAAUCUCACGGCAAUUGAGAAGCUUCAGCAUCAAACAGUUUGUCAGAUCAAACAGGAACUUCCUGAUAAACCGAAGGAAGAAGUCUCUGCAGCUCCCAAAGCAUCAGGAUCUAAGACCUAUGAAUGUGAAAAGUGCAAAGAAGUUUUUUACUCAGCUAUUGAUAUCCUGAGACACAAGAAAAAAUGUCAAACACUAAAAUCUUAAGGAUAUUUUAUUGUACAGAAGAAUAAAGAGAGAGAGCUUC